CUUCCAAUUCAAAAAUCCGAUAGUUUAUCGAUUUCUCAGUUUCUGGACACGAUCUCUCCCCUUUCGUCUGCAUUCUUUCCUUUUUCUAGUUUAUUUGCAGACUUCAACCUCGUAUUACUCCCAAUCCCUUCCAAAUUCUCCCUCCCUCCAUGGAAGGAGAAAAAGAAGAAGAGCAGGUGAUGAGCGAGGUACACCUGGGCUGCCCUCCUGGUUUCUCCGGUUCCUACGUCUCCCACUUCACUUUCCCCCUUCCAUCAACAAAUAUGCCAGAUGAAAGAUAUGAUGACAAUGACCGACUCAAGUUGGAGGUGGCUUCGAGCCAAGAGAUUAUUUUGGAUGAUGAUGGUGAUCUUCUCCUGACUCGUCGAAACGAUAAAAAUCGGAGAUAUCUGAAUUAUGGAUUUAUUAUCCGACAUAACAUCACCUCAUCGCUUGGAAAUGUUGGCUUGCAAGUGUGGAGAGCAGCAAUGGUAUUAACCGAUUUUGUCUUGCAUAAAAGUUUAACCUCAUCUGACUUUAAUGACAUCAUUGCAUUAGAGCUCGGUGCGGGCACAGGUUUGGUUGGUAUAGCACUUGCAAGAGUUGCUAGGACAGUCUUCAUAACAGAUAGAGGCAUGGAAGUUUUAGGCAACUGUGCAGCUAAUGUUGAACUCAACUCUGACCUGCUUAAGUUCCGUGAACCUUCUAUUUAUAUUCGGGAACUUGAUUGGAAGGAGACAUGGCCUCCUAAUUUGCAAACAUGUGACUUCUCAUCUCAGCCGAGGACUAGAUACUCAUGGGCCUCAUCAGAGAUUCAGGAGGCUGAGAGAGCAACACUGCUUUUAGCUGCUGAUGUAAUUUACAGUGAUGAGCUCACUGACUCAUUCUUCAGCAUUCUGGAGAGGCUAAUGGCAUGGGGCUCUGAAAAGGUUUUAUACUUGGCUUUGGAAAAGAGGUACAAUUUUAGUCUGGAGGAACUUGAUGUUGUUGCUAAUGGGUAUGCGCACUUUCGCAGCCUUUUGAAGGAUGGUGAAGAGUAUGGAGGGCAUGGUGAUACAAUGCUACCACGUUUUGUGGGCGAGCUAAUCAAUCUUGGUCAGAUCCCCCAGUACAUAAGAGAAUAUGAAAGAGGAAAAGAUCUAGAAAUAUGGAAGAUCACAUAUUGCUCAACAAGACUCAAGUAAUCUUAUUGUAGCGAAGUCCAUAUGCAGGACUUCAAUGCUAGUUUUUUUUCCCACUCGAGCAGCCUGCCGCUAGAAUGAACUCUGGUUGGUAAGGGUAUUUUCAGCAUUGUAAUUUAAAACAAGUAAUCCAAAAUUUAUCCCUUUCUCACUUGUUUGCUGAUGAUACUGCAUUAUGAGUAAAUGUCAAGAGGCAAACCUGAUUGGGAGGCUGUUUGUCUGGA